AUGGAGGCGGAGACGGGAGGGAAGCCAGCGACGGCGGUGGCGGCGGAGGCGAUGAAGAAGGCCAAGAAGGACGGGGUGGUCAAGGAGGUGAUACGGCUCGAGCGCGAGUCCGUCAUCCCCAUCCUCAAGCCCAAGCUCGUCAUGAAGCUCGCCUACCUCAUCGAGCGUGAGAAUGACCGUGCUGAGUUCAUGAAGCUAUGUAAGAGGGUGGAGUACACAAUCCGUGCUUGGUACCUUCUGCAGUUUGAUGAUAUAAUGCAACUGUUUUCUUUAUUCGAUCCUGUUAAUGGUGAGAAGAGUUUGGAGCAGCAGGGCAUGACAUCCAAUGAGCUUGACACUUUAGAACUCAAUUUCUUAACCUACCUUUUUCAGAUUAUGGAAAAGAGCAACUUCAAGCUGUUAUCUGACGAAGAGUAUGAGGUAGCGCAGUCUGGUCAGUAUCUUCUAAACCUCCCGAUCAAGGUUGAUGAAUCCAAGGUAGACAGCAAGCUAUUGACAAGGUACUUUAGGGAGCACCCACAUGACAAUCUACCAGCAUUUGCUAAUAAGUAUAUUAUCUUCCGUCGGGGCAUUGGAAUUGAUCAUACAACUGACUAUUUCUUCAUGGAAAAAGUGGAUGUCAUCAUAUCUCGAGCAUGGAGGUCAUUGCUUCGAGUCACAAGGAUCGAUAGAUUGUUUGCGAAGAAACAAGUACUGUCAAGAAAGGACACAAAGAAGACUGACGAAAUAAAUGAUGAUGUAGAAGAGCCAGAUCUCUACGUUGAGCGUGUUCGUCUAGAGAAAAUGGAACUGAGCAUAAAGAAUCUAUUAAGAAAAAUUACAAUUCAAGAGCCUACAUUUGAAAGGAUGAUCGUGGUGUAUAGGAAGGCUAGCUCAGAAAGUAAGCCAGAUCGAGGGAUAUUUGUAAAGCACUUCAAGCACAUUCCGAUGGCCGAUAUGGAGUUAGUCCUGCCAGAGAAGAAAAACCCUAGUUUAACGCCGAUGGAUUGGGUUACAUUUCUAAUUUCUGCUGUGAUUGGUUUGGUCACUCUAAUAGGUAGUCUAGAAAUGCCAAAGGCUGACAUAUGGGUUGUCACAGCUAUCUUAUCUGGUCUGAUUGGAUACUGUGCGAAGAUAUACUUCACAUUCCAAGCAAAUAUGGUUGCAUACCAAAACUUGAUUACAAAGUCAAUGUAUGAUAAGCAACUUGAUAGUGGGACAGGAACACUUCUUCACUUGUGUGAUGAUGUGAUCCAGCAAGAAGUUAAGGAGGUUAUCAUUUCUUACUAUAUUUUGAUGGAGCAAGGAAAGGCCACUGUACAGGACCUUGAUUUACGUUGCGAACAGCUCAUCAAGGAAGAGUUUGGUAUGGAGUGCAAUUUUGAUGUUGUGGAUGCUGUAAAGAAGCUAGAGAAACUCGGUAUUGUUUCUCGGGACUCAAUCGGGAGGAUCCUAUGUGUCCCAUUGAAGCGCGCAAAUGAGAUCAUAGGGACAACUACUGAAGAAAUGGUGAUGCGAGCCCAGCAAGCCCCUGCUGGUUCAUAA